UAUUAUAUGGUUUGAGGGCAUGGCCAAUUAGCCACCAAUCUCAUCCAAAGUGCAUUCAUCACAAACUAUUUUCAUUUCCUCAACCUUAUUAAAGAACAACACACUCACAAACACACACAUGAUAGAUUUAUAUAUAUUCAACCUUCCCACCAACAACAACAACAACAAUAACAUGAACAACAUAGAGUCCUACCCUCCGGUUCUCCGCCACCUAGACCACCACCAACUACCACCACCACCAAACCCUGACCCUGAUAAAGACCCGACCCAACAAGACUCGGAUCCAAUACCCAUCAUAGAUUUUUCAUGCUUAAACCAUGACAAGAGCAAGCUGGACGAAGCUUGCAAGGAUUGGGGUUUUUUUCGUUUGGUAAACCAUGGGAUUCCCAUGACCCUUUUGAAGAAGCUUCAAGAGGUGGCCAAGGAACUCUUCUCUUUGUCCUUUGAAGCAAAAGAAGGUGCAUGCAGUGGCAGCCCAGUGUCCUACUUUUGGGGCACCCCUGCCCUAACGCCAUCUGGGGCAACAACGAGAGGCCCCCAAAACAUGAAUUGGGUUGAAGGCUUUGAUGUGCCGUUGAGUCAACUCCCACACUUCAACCCUCAUCAGCUUCCCACGCUCGAGUCCAUCAGACUUCCGAUAAAGGACUACAAAACUCAUCUGUCAAGAAUUGCCACAACUUUAUUUGAAGCUAUGGCGAAGAACCUUGACCUGAGUCUAAAACCCUCAGAGCCGUACCUGGCAGAAAACACUGGAAUGGUGCGUGUCUAUCGCUACCCAAAUUGCUCUGAUGCAAAUGUUGGUUGGGGCAUGGAGGCUCAUACUGAUAGUUCAGUGUUGUCCAUAUUGAACCAAGAUGAUGAAGUCAGUGGACUUCAGGUGCUCAAAGAUGAUCAAUGGCUAACAGUAAAACCCAUUCCCAACACACUGAUUGUCAACCUUGGAGACAUGAUGCAGGCAAUUAGCGACGACAGAUACAAGAGUGUGACACACAGAGUGAGUAUAAACAAACACAAAGAGAGGAUUUCAAUAUGCUACUUUGUUUUCCCGGGUGAAGACGUUGCAAUUGAGAGCUACAAGUACAAGCCCUUUACUUACAAUGAGUUCAGAGCACAAGUGCAACAAGAUAUCAAGGCCCUAGGCUAUAAAGUUGGGCUUUCAAGAUUUCAGCACCACGAGGAGUGCUAAGCUUUAUUGGUUUGACUCAUAAAUUUGUGUUCACGUUUGUUUGUCAUAUUAAUUAUCUUCAUUCUUCAGCAAUUUUAGAAAUGGAUAAUUGCUUAGAUAAUUUGUAGAAAAUCAAGACAAGUGAAAGUGGAACUUCGAUCACCAUGUGGUUAGCGAUUCCUGAUUAGUGUAACAAAAUUAAAAGGGUCUCAUGCCGCUAAAUAAUUUUUAAAAAACUAAAA